CCAGGUUUAAAAAAUCGUCCUAGAUCAAAUUUACAGAAUGGCCUUGACCCUAACCAUGUGUCUGGCCGCCUUGCUAACCUUAACGUCAUCAGCCCCGUCUGAAGAUUUAAUCGUUAACCUGCCGGGAUUAACAUGGGAGCCAAACUUUAAACAAUAUUCGGGAUAUCUGAGUGUUGGAUCAAAGAUGCUCCACUACUGGUUCGUCGAGUCCACCAACAACCCCAGGACGGACCCGCUUGUGUUGUGGCUGAACGGUGGCCCAGGGUGCAGCUCCUUGGAUGGCUUUCUCACAGAACACGGGCCCUUCAGGGUUGACACAAGCGGGGAGACCCUAAUACCAUUUCCCUAUGCUUGGAACCAGGUAGCCAACAUGAUCUACCUGGAAUCACCUGCUGGUGUCGGCUUCUCUUACUCACGUGACGGCAACUACUCAACAGACGAUGAUGACACUGCUAAAAAUAACCAUCUGGCACUUCGAGAUUUCUUCAGAAAGUUCCCCGAGCUGGCUAGCAAUGAUUUCUACAUCACAGGCGAGAGCUAUGCUGGGAUUUAUGUUCCAACCUUGGUCUCGCUGGUUCUAGACGAUUCCUCCAUUAAUCUCAAGGGUUUUGCGGUUGGAAAUGGUUUGUCCGAUAAUAACAUGAACGACAACUCUAUUGUUUACUUUGCCUACUUCCACGGCCUAAUCGGAGAGGAAGAGUGGAUAGAUAUUUAUGAUUCCUGUUGUUCUGGCACGUCAGAGAGAGGCUACUGUGACUUUGUUGCUGGCAGUAAAAAAUCAUCCAAAUGUACAAAUGAGCUGGGCAAGAUAAAUUACCUGGUCUGGGAUUCUGGCUUGAAUGUCUACAACCUGUAUGCUGACUGCGCAGGUGGCGUCAAAGAUCACACUCUUCACUAUGAUGAGGACAGGAAAAAAUAUGUCACCAGUAAUUUUGGCUGGCCGUUCAUGUUUUUGGAAAAUGAGAAUUACGAGAGGCUAAAAGCCAUCCCCUUGAACAAACUGGCAUCAACACCUCCAUGCACUAAUGCGACCAAUGUAGCCAAGUACCUAAACACAGCCACUGUGAAAAGGGCUCUUCACAUUUCAAGACAUGCUGAAGACUGGGAUGUUUGCAGUUCUAUAGUAGACUACACAAAGACAUACACCACCACAAGACCACAGUAUCAAAAAGCCAUUAGUAGAAAGCUGCGUAUUUUGUUGUACAAUGGUGACAUUGACAUGGCAUGCAAUUUCCUGGGUGAUGAGUGGUUUGUCGACUCACUACACGCCUCAAAUCCACAAGAAAGAAGAAAAUGGUAUUAUAAAGCAGAAGAUGGCACAAAACAGAUUGGGGGGUUUGUCAAGGUGUUUGAUAGGGUAGCAUUCCUUACUGUAAAGGGUGCUGGACACAUGGUACCCACAGAUCGACCAAGACAGGCUUUACAAAUGUUUAUCAACUUCAUCCAGAACACACCAUAUUGAUGAUGUUGGGGAUAAAAGUAGAUGAGGAUAUUAAAAACAAAAGAGUUGAACUGUACUACCAUUGUUUUAACCAAUGUGAUCUCUGAAAUCUAAUUUAGUUAUAGCUUCAACUUCACCUGUUUUUGCUUUCUCUUAUUUACCAUACUUUCUCAGACCAAUUUUUUUUCUAUUAUGAACAUAGAGACUGCCCCUUGUUUUUCUUACCCAUCCUGAACCCAGAAUAUUACAAUUUUCAAUCAGAACUUGAUAUGUAUCAUGUAUUUUCAAAAUGUAUAAUAUGAAAAUAAAUACAUUUAAAUUUAAGCA